UGGAGGACAGCCGGAAGUGUACAGAAAGUAACGGAAAACAGAGCGUAGAAGAAGUCCAGUCGGCUAACAGUUAGCCAGUUAGCUCCCUCCGUCAUGGCGGAACUAAACCGACAGCUUCAGGAGUAUUUGACCCAGUCCAAAAGUGGCGGCGCUAAGACCGUCUCCCAGUCCAGCUCCAGUACCACGGUGGACCUGGAUGACCCAGAGCCGGUACCUGGCAGCUGGUUCGGGCGGUGGUCGAGUGCGUGGCCCGGGAGCCGCAGCGGCAGUCAGCCCAGCCAGGGCUCCAGCGGCUUUUCCUGGCCGUGGUCGGCCGAGCCGGACCCCUGCCUUCCGGGCAUGAGUCGCCGGCAGCGGCUGGUGGCCUUCGGGGUGUGCGUGGCGUUUUCCGCGCUGUGUUUCGGACUGUCGGCGCUGUACGCGCCGCUGCUGCUGCUCUACGCCCGCAAGUUCGCGCUCCUCUGGUCGCUCGGGUCGCUGUUCGCCAUCGCUGCGGUGGCGAUGCUGCGCGGCCCCAGCAGACUGCUCGCCGGCCUGCCCACGUCUCCCGGUGCCGCGGUCUACCUGUGCGCCCUUGGAGGGACGCUGUACGCGGCGCUGAGCCUCCACAGCACCGUGCUAACCGCGCUGGGAGCCGCACUGCAGGUCGCCGUCAUCGUCGGGUACGUAGUGUCGCUGCUGCCCGGGGGAAGCGCCGGCAUCCGCUUCAUGGGAGGGAUGGCGGCGUCUGCAAUCAAAAGGACCGUCACAGGGAAAACCAUGCCGAUCUGAACGGGGCCUGACCGUCAGAGACCGGACAGGUCUCACAGACCCGCGGCGGAGUCAUCAGGCUUAAAGCAAUGAAACAGGGUCCUGGGGUCUCCAGUAGGUCCCAGUUGAGGACAAACUUUCAGUACAUUCCUCUGUAGCCUGAUGGUUAUUGAUUAUCAGCUGCUGCUCACAGAUCCUGAUGUCAGUCUAAUCUUUUUUUUGGGGGGGGGGCAGCUGCAGUUGGAGGUCAGCUGAACCCUGACCAGCAGGACAGACUGGCUGCCGGGGGCGAAUAAAGACGUUUCUACUGUAACCUGACAAACUGUGGAACUUUGAACAGUCGUAUCUGAGUGAGAGGUUUGUUUGAACGCUGCUGUGUGAGUGAAGAAAUAAAAAAACUGAAUGUG